UAGAGUAAAAUCGUGUGUUUUGUAGACACACUGAAAUUUACUUAAAUAACAAACUAUUGGUUUGAAUUUUAUAAUAUUCAAUAUCAGUAUAGUCUCAUUGUCAAUUUGAACACUGUUUAAGUGAUAUCUAUACAAAACUAACAUUGAGCUGUGUAAUUAAGUAACUACACUUUUCGUUGAUUAACUACAUAUACUCACUAUUAAUAAAGCUGCCAAUUAUGAUAGGAAUUAACAAUUAUAAACUAGAAUAAACUAGCAUCACCUACAAUAAACUAUUAUUAGAAAGCUUUAAGAUAUGGAGGAUAGUAGUGUUAGGAAAUCAGUAAAACAAAAAUAUCCUUGUUUUAUUGAAAGAGUUAGGUCAUUUUGGGGAAUGAUUAGGCUAUUUGAUUAUGAAUUUCCAACCACUUCUAGCCAAAGAGAUGAUAACAACACUGUUUUGGAAGAAUUAUCUUGGAUUAAUAAUGAAAUUCAAGAGACCUACGAGGAAGUGGAAGAAAAACUAACUACUUUAGAUACUGUGUAUAACAGAUCAACAAGAGGAUUCACACUAGAAAAAGGAGAAUUCUGUAAGACAUUCGACGCUAAUGAAGGCUACCUGUUCAAAGAUGUGGUUAAAUCUGGCGAACCAUUUAUAACGUUGCAUAGUUCUGAAGAUAAUAACUUCGCAAAAAACGUUUCAAUUUAUAAUAAAGAUGAAAAGUUUCUAGUUAUCAUUAUUUCAGAAAAUAAUGAUCUUAAGUUCAAUGAAAUAGUAGAUGAAGAUGAAGAUAGUAGUGAUGAAGAUAGUAGUGAUGAAGAUGAGGAUGAGGAUGAAAAUGAAGAAAUUUUUGAAAUAGUAAGGGUAGUAAAUAGAUUCAUUGAAGAUUAUGAUAGUUAUCAUCGUGAUAGUGAGGAUUCAACCGUAUGCUCAACUCCCGAACCUGAAGUUCAUGAAUAUCUUGAAAUAGCCCGACUUGUGGUUGUAGAAACAGAGGUUGAAAGAAAGGAAAAGAUCGCUGUGGAUAUUACAGAUCAAAUUUUUGAUAUGAGGGAUUUACAGAUAAUAAAAUUAGAUGGGCAAAGUGCAUCUAAAGAUGAAUUAAUAGUUCGUUCGGACGGUCCAUAUGUCAUGAUCUACUUUCUUUUUUUAAUAAAAGAGCUGAUUUAUAAGUCUCAAACGCUUUGGAAAUUUGAUAAGGAAAAAUAUUUCAGACACCCAUUCUUCCUAUCAUUUCAUAUAUUGGAGAGAAUUUUGUACAUCUCCGAGGUUCAAAAUUGUUGUAAUCAUAAAUAUUUCCAAAUGAUUAGUUCGGAAAGUGGAUUGAGGAUAUCUGAAAUUAGGAAAUUCACAGAAAAGGGUGAUGAAAAAUUCAGUCGUAGGUUAAAAAUAGUCAAAAAUAUUUUGUUUAAGUAUGGAGCUGAGGGAAAUUUAUUCCCAACUAAUAAACCUCGGUGUCGUUUUUCUAUUAUCAGAAGGUUCAUCAACUGGUUAUCCAGAAGUAAAGAAGUUCGUACUUCGAAAGAAUUAACUUGUGUCAGGCCCCGGAAAGUUGAACAUGAAAUGUUGAAACUUUUUAAUAUAUUCAUAGAUUAUAGUUUAAUCAAAUUGGAUAUAAAUUCUAAUGAUAAGGGAGAAGGAUAUGAUAUUCAUCUUGCUAAAGACUACAAAACGUACACAGCCCAGCCAGGAUACGGAUUCUCGGUAGUAGAGAGAAUGGAUGAAGACUUUGAACUCAUAUGGUCAACCGCAUAUCCUGAUAAAAGUGUCACAUAUCUUUCAAUCUACGAAACCAAAGAAGAAUCGCUUGCAACAACGCUACUUAAAGAUUCAACUCUAAGAUAUCUUUACAAACCAAGACAAUACCUGAAACCCAUAUCGGGAAUGGAAAAAAUAGUAGACAACGAUACUAGAUGGUUUGACGUUGCACAUGAAACUUUUGAUGUGAAAAGGUUAAAAGGAGUAAAGUCGGAUGACAAAAAGUUGUCUUAUGAUGAAUUUGAAGUAUUCGCUGUAAAAUGUUAUACAGUCAUUUUUUUGGGAUGUAACCUAAGGGCGAUUUUGUAUGACGAUGAAUUUCUUUGGCAACUAGAGGAGAAUCCAAAAUAUGGAAACUCUGUGUUUUUGAUUUAUAAUCCUAUUUACGGUACAUCAGCUGUUUAUCACCAUUACAUUAAGUUGGAUUCUUACAAGUCGAUAAAAUUUAGAUCGCCAACCCAGUUGUUCGAGGAAAAAGAAGGAAAUAUGCAGUAUUUAAGGAAAAACAUGAUUCGCAAGUAUUUACUCAAACAUUUCAAUGAAUAUAACAACCGUCGCUGUGGAUUGUGUAAUCACGUGCUCAGUUAAAACUCCCUAUCUCAACACCUCAGACUUCUAUUCAUAAGUUCACUUACUUCUCAUCAUCUUACUAUUUCAUCUAUCAACACCUCAGACUUCUAUUCAUAAGUUCACUUACUUCUCAUCAUCUUACUAUUUCAUCU